CUAUUGCCCUGGCUGCUCUGGCUGGCCCGCUCGGAACGGCUUUUUUCACCCAUUUUCUCAUCUCCACGGCAAACUAAACCACCGUUACCGCCCAGGGCUUUUGGGGUCCGUCGGUGGUGUGUGGUGGUGGUGCAUGUUACGUCGCAGUGUGUGCAUGUAAAAAGCGCGGCUUACAACGCAAUACGCGACCGAGAAACGCACGUAGUGUCGUACAGCACGCGCGCCUGUGUCGGUGUACAGUGUGCUCUAAAAAACAUUGACACAUGGCUAAACGUAAAGUCACCACACUGAUACAGUUUCAGCAAAACAAAACCAAGUGAGAAGAAAAGAGACAGAGAGACAGAGUAAAAAGUAAAUCAAGCAGCAAAGCUAACUGCACACACUACACCCGGGAAGCGCAGUGUUUGUGAAACAACCCCAAAAGAAGGGCACCACCACCAGCCCCACCACCUUCUGUCCGCACACACAACAGCAGCAGCAGCAGCAGCAACAAAAACAACAAAAAACCCUCCCAUGGCACUGUACAUAACGGACUACAACAACCGCUAUCGGAAGCGGCGACGGAGCCGCGUGUUCAGCACCUGCGUCAGUGCGGCCGUCGUCGAAAAGGGCGAUUACAUCAAGCAUCCCGUGCUGUACGAGCUGAGCCACAAGUACGGCCUGCCGGACAAUGUGUCCGAGCAGCUGCUGCCGGACCGGCUGGAGGAGAUCAAGGAGGCGAUCCGGCGCGAGAUCCGCAAGGAGCUCAAGAUCAAGGAGGGCGCCGAGAAGCUGCGCGAGGUCGCGACGGAUCGCCGCUCGCUCUCCGACGUGGCCUCGAUCGUGAAGAAAAGCAAUAACAAGCUGGCCGAGCUCAAGUCGGAGCUGCACGAGCUGGAAAGCCAAAUCAUCCUCACACAGGGCAACAGUGUCAGCAACAAUGGUGGCCACGAUCCAAUCCUGUCCACCGUCAUCCCGAGCGGGCCAGAGUUUACCGCCAACGAUAAGCUGCUCAUAUCGCUCGAGAAGCAGCUCAGCAUUGAGACGAAGGUGAAAAACGGCGCCGAAAACAUGAUCCAAUCCAUCUCCAGCGGACACCACGGUCGCGAUAAGAAGCUACUGGCCGAGGCACACCAGAUGCUGGCCGACUCGAAAGCGAAAAUCGAAUACCUCCGGCUGAAGAUACUGAAGGUGCGCCAGAACAAGCUCAGCAGCAAGGGCUCGGAGGAGAAUGGCGGCGAGUCGGCAAACGCGGCCAAACAGCCGCAGGAGCUGGAAACGUCGCUGGACGAUCGCAUCGAGGAGCUGCGCCACCGGCUGCGGAUCGAGGCGGCCGUUGUGGACGGUGCGAAGAACGUUAUCCGCACGCUCCAGAGUACAAAGACAAUCGAUAAAAAGGCCCUGCAAGAGGUACGUGCCGGGGGGGAGUCCCUUGGAAUGGUUUUAUUUUGUAGAUGUGUUUUGUUACAAUUUUAG